AAGAAGAGGAGGGGAGAGGAAAAAAACAAGAGAGAGAAAUCUCUCGCUCCCCGUCGUAGAGGAGCGGUGGCCGACUCAGCUGUCGCGGGCGGCGUCGGCGGCAGCUGAGCGAGCUCCUCGCGGGCGUGGCCAGCUCCGGGGACGCCGUGGGACCUGCGCGCGCGGGGUUCUGACCCGUGAGAGGCAGGCCAGGCGCCGGCGCGAUGGCGGCGUCGGCGCUGAGGUGGUGGUGGGCGGCAGCGUUCGUAUCGUUGGUGGUCGGCGUGAGCCGCAGGGUCGUCGCCAACACGGAGGGUGAUGCUCUAUACAGUCUACGCCAAAGCCUGAAAGAUACUAACAAUGUGCUUCAGAGUUGGGAUCCCACUUUGGUUAAUCCAUGUACGUGGUUCCAUGUUACUUGUGACACCGAUAACAGUGUCAUCAGACUUGAUCUUGGAAAUGCACAACUAUCAGGUCCAUUGGUGCCACAGCUUGGGCAGUUGAAAAAUAUGCAAUUUCUGGAACUUUACAGUAACAAUAUAAGUGGGCCAAUACCGCCUGAACUGGGGAACUUAACUAACUUGGUCAGUUUGGAUCUGUACCUCAACAACUUCACUGGCAAUAUUCCUGACACCUUAGGGCAACUAUUGAAGCUGCGGUUUCUCCGUCUUAAUAACAACAGCCUUUCUGGUCAAAUUCCAAAAACCUUGACUGCAAUCACCACUCUUCAAGUUCUGGAUCUCUCAAAUAACAAUCUCUCAGGAGAGGUGCCAUCAACUGGCUCAUUUUCACUCUUUACCCCUAUAAGUUUUGCUAACAACCCAAAUCUAUGUGGCCCUGGUACUACAAAGCCUUGUCCUGGGGCUCCUCCUUUUUCUCCACCCCCUCCAUACAAUUCCCCAACACCAACUUCAUCAAAAGGUGCGUCUAGCACUGGAGCAAUUGCUGGAGGUGCUGCGGCUGGCGCUGCGUUGCUGUUUGCUAUACCUGCCAUUGCAUUUGCAUUGUGGCGUAGGCGUAAACCUGAAGAGCAUUUCUUUGAUGUCCCUGCUGAGGAGGAUCCAGAAGUUCACCUUGGACAACUUAAGAGGUUCUCACUCAGAGAGCUUCAAGUUGCUACAGAUAAUUUUAGCAAUAGGAAUGUUCUAGGAAGAGGCGGUUUCGGGAAGGUGUAUAAAGGGAGACUGACAGAUGGUUCAUUGGUAGCGGUGAAAAGAUUAAAGGAGGAACGCACACCUGGAGGAGAGCUCCAGUUCCAAACAGAAGUUGAACUUAUUAGUAUGGCGGUGCACAAGAAUCUGCUCCGGCUCCGUGGAUUCUGCAUGACACCUACAGAGCGGUUGCUAGUCUAUCCAUACAUGGCGAAUGGAAGCGUCGCGUCGCGCCUCCGAGAACGUGGGCCGGAUGAUCCGCCUCUUGAAUGGGAAACAAGGGCUAGGAUCGCGCUGGGAUCCGCCAGAGGUCUCUCUUACCUGCACGACCACUGUGACCCCAAGAUCAUCCACCGCGACGUGAAGGCCGCCAACAUCCUGUUGGACGAGAGCUUCGAAGCGGUCGUGGGCGACUUCGGCCUCGCCAGGCUCAUGGACUACAAGGACACCCACGUGACGACGGCUGUCCGCGGGACGAUCGGGCACAUUGCGCCUGAGUACCUCUCCACCGGGAAGUCCUCCGAGAAGACGGACGUCUUCGGCUAUGGGAUCAUGCUCCUGGAGCUCAUCACCGGGCAGAGGGCCUUCGAUCUCGCCCGCCUCGCGAACGAUGAUGACGUGAUGCUGCUUGACUGGGUGAAGGGCCUGCUGAAGGAGAAGAAGCUGGAGCAGCUGGUGGACCCGGACCUGCAGGGCGGGUACACGGAUGAGGAGGUGGAGUCGCUGAUCCAGGUGGCGCUGCUGUGCACGCAGGGGUCCCCGAUGGAGCGUCCCAAGAUGUCGGAGGUGGUGCGGAUGCUGGAGGGCGACGGGCUGGCGGAGCGGUGGGAGGAGUGGCAGAAGGUGGAGGUGGUCCGGCAGGAGGCGGAGCGCGCCCCGCGCCACAACGACUGGAUCGUCGACUCCACCUACAACCUCAACGCCGUCGAGCUGUCCGGCCCGAGGUAGAGAAUCGGCGAAGGGGAUCAUCGAUCGGGCUCUCUCUCCGAUCGUCACCUAGCUAGCUGAGAGCGUCUCGCCGCGAGGAAAUUCUCAACUGUGCAUAUGACAGGUAGUAGUUGUUUGGUGUGUUGGUCCUGAUAGCUGGGAAGUUGUAGGUGGUGAAAUGGUUUGCACCUGUCCUCACCUGACCGCAGUAAGUUUUGUUUUAAUCGUUAGAGAAUAUGAACAGUAUGACACAA